AUGUCCAGCAAAGGCGGUGGCCUUGGAAUGGACGACUAUAUCACCGUAUUCUGCGUCGUUGUGAUGCUCGUCACCUGCAUCCUGAUCUCGAUCGGCACACAGUACGGUCUCGGACGGAGGAUGGAGGCCAUCGAUCCCCCGUUGAUACCGCGAGCUCUCAAGUGGAAUGUAAUCAUCAGUUCGGUACUGAUAUGGACGUUUUCGCUACCCAAGUUCGCCAUCAUCGCUAUUCUCAAGCGUAUUCUGGAUUACGGCCUCAAAACGACGAUACUGUUCUGGGGCCUCGCGCUCAGCUCCCAGGCCUGCAUAUUGGCUACCUCGAUCUGGUGGUACAAGCAAUGCGAUCCGGUCGAAUUCGGCUGGGACAGAACCAUACCGGGUGGAAAAUGUGCCAGUACCAAGGUCAUGUCAGAUUUGGGCUACUUCACUUCGGCCUACUCUGCCUUCUUGGAUGUGUUCUUCGCUGUGUACCCGAUUCCAUUCAUUAUGCGCCUCAACAUGCCACUCAAGAACCGCAUCCUGGUCUCGAUCGCGCUGGGCCUCACCAUCUUGGCCUUCAUCCUCACCAUCUACAAACUCACAAUCUUUGGAGAAAUUUUCGUAGUACUGGCUGAGAACCCGACUUGUGAGUUGUUCAUCCCACAUAUUUGCAUGGAACUGACGCUGUUAGACCCGGUACCGCUUCUCGAUAUACUCGGUCUAGGAGAGGGUUGUAUUCUCAUUGUAUGCUCCUCUUUGCCCACACUGGGCCCGCUCUUCCGCUCGGUCAGAGGCAAGGUUCGGACUCUCAGUGGCAGUGGUAAUGGCAGUAGGACCACCAGCCAGGGACAACGCAGCAGCGCCACCCACCGAGGAGGGCUAUCCAGCACCAGCGGAAGGUGGGAAAAACUUCUAAGGCAUCAGUUGGAUGACGUGGAGAGGACAUCGACCCACACCGGUGAAAGCAUCGAUGACAUCCCGCUCGUUUACCACGGCGCGGACCAGAUCCACAAGACGCUUGAGUUUAACGUGACGACGAGCGCGAGGGGCGACCGAUGGGCGAAGCCAAUUGACGAUCGUGACAAGUAG